AUUUAGUGUAGAUUGUAAGAUGACACAUUUAUUCUGAAGGGGAGGGGACGGAAGUCUUGUCUUUGUCGCUUUGGGGCGGGGUGAACGCAUGGUAGCCAGAAUCAGGCCAAGAUGGCAGAGUACCUGGCGUCCAUUUUUGGGACAGAGAAAGAUAAGGUCAACUGCUCUUUUUAUUUUAAAAUUGGUGCGUGUCGACAUGGUGACCGCUGUUCCAGAUUACACAAUAAGCCAACAUUCAGCCAGACAAUUGCCCUCCUGAACAUUUACCGGAACCCUCAAAACAGCGCCCAGUCUGCAGAUGGCCUGACCUGUGCCAUCAGUGACAUGGAGAUGCAGGAACACUAUGAUGAGUUUUUUGAGGAGGUCUUCACAGAAAUGGAAGAAAAAUAUGGAGAGGUGGAGGAAAUGAACGUAUGUGAUAACCUCGGGGACCACCUAGUAGGAAAUGUGUAUGUCAAGUUCCGUUAUGAAGAGGAUGCAGAGAAGGCCGUGAUAGACCUGAAUAAUCGGUGGUUUAAUGGACAGCCCAUCCAUGCUGAGCUCUCUCCUGUCACAGAUUUCAGAGAGGCCUGCUGUCGCCAGUAUGAAAUGGGGGAAUGCACACGUGGUGGCUUCUGUAACUUCAUGCAUCUGAAGCCCAUCUCGCGAGAACUGAGGAGAGAGCUCUAUGGGCGUCGGAGGAAGAGCCGUCAUAGGUCUCGGUCUCGAUCAAGAGAGCGACGAUCUCGCUCGAGGGACAGAGGUCGAGGAGGUGGCCGUGACCACGAGAGACGUCGCUCCAGAGACAGAGAACGUUCAGGACGAUUCUGAAUCACAAGCCAUGACUACUUGUCCUUCCCUCUCUGUAUCCAUGCCCAGUCUUUUUUUUAAGUUUGUACCCUUCCUGAUACACUCAAGGACUAUGUGAAUGGUACCCUAUUUUGAAGCUGUGACAGCAUUGAAGAACUUGUUUUUUCUUGAUUUCUGAAAAUGACUUUCACUUCCAUUAAAUUUAACAUUUUUACUGAA